UACGUCAGAGGAAUAAUUUAAUCAAGAACCUGAUACUACCAACAUGAAACAAGAAUCAAUUAAGAUCGACUCAACUAUCCUAUAAUCCUCUAUAUGAAUACUUGAAUGAAGUGCUAUACCAGCUUGUCAAGAAUUGAAAUAGAAGGAAGAAGAGGAGGCUAUGGCACAAAAGGCAAGUUCACAUGUGGGAGUUUGCAGGAAGUUCAAGCCUCACUUCCUCAUGGUUUUAGCUCAAAUGGGCUACACAUUUCUUUAUUUUAUCACAGAAGCUUCCUUCAAUCAUGGGAUGAACCCUCAUGUCUAUAUUACUUAUCGGCAUAUUGUUUCCGGCGUAGUGAUGCUCCCUUUUGCCUAUUUUCUUGAAAGAAAAGAAAGACCGAAGCUCACAUUUGCCCUUUUCUUGGAACUUUUUGUUCUUUCUCUUCUGGGGGUGGGUUUGACUUUAAACAUGUACUUUGCAAGCUUAAGAUACACCUCUCCAACCUUCCUUGCAUCAAUGGUCAACACAAUAGCUUCUGUCACUUUCGUAAUUGCCGUUGCCCUCAGGUUGGAGGCUCUUAAUCUUCGAAAUCCUCGUGGGUUAGCAAAAGUUUUGGGCACCCUAGUCUCUUUAGCAGGAGUAAUGACCAUGACUCUGUACAAGGGACCUACUGUGAGAAAUCUAUGGAGUCCACUAAUCCAUAUUGAAGGAAAAUCCUCCAUCCAUGAGAACUGGUUGAAGGGUUCAAUUCUCACUGUUGCUAGCUGCAUAACUUGGUCUGUCUGGUACAUUAUGCAGGCAAUCACGUUGAAAAGAUAUCCUGCACAACUGUCACUGACUACAUGGAUGAGCUUCAUAGGGGCAGCACAGUCAGCUGUGUUCACUGUGUGUAUUGAACAUAGACGAGCUGCUUGGACCGUUGGAUUCAACAUUGACCUCUGGUCCAUUCUGUACGCCGGAGUGGUGUGCUCUGGUCUAGUAAUCUUCAUUCAACUAUGGUGCACAGAAGAAAAAGGACCAGUCUUUGUGACCAUGUUCAAUCCUGUUUCAACAAUCUUGGUGGCAAUUCUAGCAUACUUUGUGCUCGGUGAAAGACUUUACAUCGGCAGCAUAUUAGGGGCAGCUAUCGUCAUUGUUGGCCUAUACUUGCUGUUGUGGGGGAAAGAAGGUGAUGAAGUUUACAUCAUUAAGUCUGAAGACUCAUCUGAUCAGACAUACGAACAGGAGAAAGAUGACAGAAUACGAACAAUCACUUCAGUCAAGAAGGAUGCAUUACAUGGUGAACCAUGAAGAUUUGAUUCAAUUUCGAAACCAAUAAAAUCCGAAACAAGAAGACGAAGUUGACAAGAAGUAUUAAGGAGCAAAGAUGGGAGCAUGAGAAAGAGGGAGUACAGACUUAACACUCCCGACUCUCCUUAAUUUUCAUAAAGUUUCACCUAUCUCUUUAUUUGAUUUACUUAUAGUAUUCGCCUCUUGUCUAUUCAAGAAACCCUCAAAUUUCAUCUACUUCAAUAUAAGCAUGCACAAGGCAGUUAAAAAACUGACAAAUUUAUAAAUGAAUAUGAAAACUGCAUCAGCUGGUGGGUAUGAGAAAGAAAUCUGUCCUGAAUGACCGUGAGAAUUGAACUUG